UGGAGGAGGCGAUGGGGGACUUGUUAAGAAGUCGUCGCUUUUUCCCUUCUGGAGUGUUUUCCCGGUAGCCACUUCAGGUCUGUCAAGGUAUUGUUGCUGAAGAUGACAGUUUGGAUUCUGGAUUAACACCACUUCCAAAUUCCUGUCCACUUUCUGUAAGUGGGCAAAACCUAUUCAAAAAUGGCAACUUUGCCAAGUACAUCUGCUGCGCCUCCACCAUCCCUCUCGGAUCCAGGAGUGGCUGUGUGGGAGUGGCAGGAUGAGUUUGGCAGGUGGAGGCCAUACCGAAGUAGCGUGUGCAGCUACAUUGAGCAGUCUUUCCAAGUUCUCAUGGUAAAAGGCCGGCGAUCACUGGGAACUUGGCCUGUGAAUGGCAGCAUACCCUUGGGACAAGCUGAUUCAACUCUGGCUCCCUACAUAAUUGACCUACCGAGUCUCACCCAGUUCCGGCAAGAUACAGGGACCAUGAGAGCCGUGCACAGACAUGUCUUUCAGCUGGAUUCGGCACCUGGACAGGGAGUAGUUUGGGAGUGGCAGAAUGAUGAAGGAAGCUGGUUUCCAUACGAGAUGAACAUUUGUGUAUAUUUGGAGCAAGCUUUCUCUCAGUGUAACCCUCAGGUGGAUCUUGGGCCCUUUGGUUACAAUUAUGGGAUUGAUUUUGUAUCACAGACCCAGACUAAUAAGACCACAGGAUACCAGCGAAGAAUCCGUCGGUGUGUGGACUCUCCAUAUCCAGUAGCCGCAGCCACAGGGCCUGCUCACAGCGGGCCCACUUGUUCAUGCCAGCAGUGCUUGUCGAAUAGUGGAACUGGCCCCAUAACCUCACGGUAUCGGCACUCAAUGGUAAAUCUUCCUGGACAUUCAUCAGGAGCGAGUCCCAAAUUCGUUACCGGUAUACAGGGGGCCAAUAGAAACUCAGGACUCGGUGCUUCUCUGGUGGGCUUUGUGCCUUACAAUAAACCAGCUCUCUCUGGAGCAAGAUCGAUGCCAAGACUGAACAUGCAGAGUGCAGGGUCAGCAUCACAAUCGGCAGCCAUUGGUGGGUCCAGCUCAGCGCAUACAGCAUCCAAAGGAGCCAGCGUCCCAAGGUUACCAGUGACCAUGCCCAGGCCCAGCAAAGUGAAUGAAGCUCUGGCAGGCAUGAUGGCCUUUCUGAUGUCAGUCCCUGGAUUUCCUGUGCACCUCACCCAAGCGCCUCAGCCUGCCCGUGCCCAUAGAGCCUCUAAAAAACUCUGCUCAGUUAAGGGAAGGAGGAGAGUGGUCACCAAAGAUAGCAAGACCAGGCCAGAAGAUGUUGUGAAGAAGUAUUUGAAAGAGCUGAAGACACCUCCAGUUGACGAGGACUGCAUCAUCUGUAUGGAAAAAUUGGGUGCCCCUUCAGGGUACAGCGAUAUCAAUGAGAGCAAGACAAUCCAACCUGGAAGUGUGGGGAGGCUGGCCAAAUGUGCUCAUACUUUCCACCUACUUUGUGUGCUGUCCAUGUACACCAGUGGCAACAAGGAUGGCAGCUUGCAGUGUCCUUCUUGUAAGGCCAUCUAUGGUGAGAAGACAGGCACACAACCCAGUGGCAAGAUGGAUGUUCACAAACUCCCAGAGUCUCUACCAGGGCACGAGAACUAUGGGUCAAUAAAGAUUACAUAUUAUAUCAACAGAGGCAUUCAGGGUCCAGAGCAUCCUAGCCCAGGGCUGCCAUACACUGCAAGAGGAUUCCCACGAUAUUGUUAUCUACCCGAUAGCGAGAAGGGACGAAAGGUGCUGGAACUUUUAAAGGUGGCAUGGAGAAGGCGCUUGAUCUUCACUGUGGGAACAUCUAGCACAACUGGCGAGAACAACACUGUGGUGUGGAAUGAGAUCCACCACAAGACAGAGAUGACCUCCAAUGUCUCAGGCCAUGGCUACCCAGACCCUAACUACCUUGACAAUGUGCUAGCGGAGCUGGCAGCUCAAGGGGUCACAGAAGAUUGCCUGAGUCCAUGAGUUUAGCCUCCAUCUUGGGCCGGAGCUGCAGUCAAAACUGGAGUUUGUCUUCUCCAUGACUAUGGCUGCCUCUCUGUUGAGGAUGGCAGCUACAAAUCCCCACCUCUGUUGCCUUAUGUUUGCUUGCCCUUUUGUUGAGCAAUAACACAGUCUCUGGGGUUGCCCAGUAUGACUGUGAGGAGAGGGUAUAUAUAUAGAUGUGUGUGUUUUUGGUCAUAUACAAUAAAGCUCCCUUCCAUUAGAUAAAACACAAAAGGAUGAUGGCUUAAGCCUCAUAUUGGAGCCUUCCAUAUGUGGUUGCAUGGGGAUUUGUUCGUUCUUAUUUUCUAUCAAUCGGGCAGAUUUUUUUUUGGAAGGGAUGAGAUUUUCCUGCUUCAGUGCAUUAACAAAAUCAUGUUGUUUAUCAACAAAAUCAGUAUUAGAAACUGAAGGUAUAUAACAACUUUCCACAAUUUGCUGUCAAAGUCUGAUAGAAUAUGGUUAUGGCUAUGACUAUUCCAAAUAGUAUCAAGGGGCUGUAGCACAGAGCAGCUUGGAUUUUAAAAGAAAGCUGAGUGAGGUGAGACGUAAUUUAUGUUUGCAUAAGAGGCUAGGAUGAAGUCUCAGCUAUGGGAAGUUGGGGAGAGGGGAGAUCUGAGAAGCCAUUUAUGUUCUGUUACUGAGGAAACUAAUUGGAUGGGGCCAAGAGGAAUUGGGUUUGAUUUAGACUUUCUAGGUUUCUUUCUAGUCAAUGCAGGAAAGAGAAGGAAUAAAAGUUGUAAUUCCACCAGAAGAAACCAGUUUGGAAGACGGAUAGGGGGAAUUGUCACUUUUAUGCAAGGAAUUGCAUAAAUUAGGAGUUUUGCAGUAAUUCUAGCUGGUACCUACAGUUCCCCAAAUAACAUGCAAAAAUUAAUUCAAAACAAUGUUGAUGCAGUCAUGUGCGUCUUCCACUCACGCAAACCAUUGGACAUUCUUGCCUGAAAUUUUGUGAAUCUCAUAGUUUGGUAAACUAAAUUUGUGAUGAAUUUCUUUUUUUGCUGUUCUUUGGCAUUAACAAUCAUAUUACAACCACACAGCAAUGAUCCACACUUGAGAACAUUGCUAAUGAAUUCCAGAAUUUUUCAAUAUCUGCUACUUUUUUCUUCUAUCCAGGCCCUUUAAAAUAACUUCUGUAUUCCCAUUUUACAGAUCUUUUGAGUGCGCAAAGUCAUCCAGCAAGAUCACAGUUGGGUAUAUGUUUAAAUUUAGGGCUGCUUGCUACAGCUUCCAAGACUAAAAACCUGAAACAAUUCUGCUUUAUGCAAUUGGAGAACUAAUCUUUUCUUUUAAAAAAAUUGUAUCAGCAAAAACUGGAUUCUGUAAAUUGCAUAAAUUCUUCAUAUUGGAUAACUACGUUUUGCAUAAUCCACUGCUGCUUAUUGUGUUCAACAUGGACAGAAGUAAAGAUUGAGGCAGAGUCCUGAAAUACAUUUUAUACAGUUU